CCUCCCUCUCUCCUCUCUCUCUCUUGACCCAGCCCCCGGCAUCCGGCAGAUGCGGCCCCAGGCGCCCUGCAUAUCUCACAUCUAAGGCAUGGGCUUUUGUCGGGUCGUCGACCACCCCACCCGACUGGACUAUGUUUGCUUCCAGCUUUGGAUACGAGGCAUCCCGGCCCACCUGGCCAUGAAGCAUCCAAUCUUCCGCGACCGGCUGGCCCCGGGCCAGGUCCAGGUCCAUGUAAUUACGCAAUACCGGCUCUUUGCCCUGAUGGAAGAACACCUGGUCGAGCCGCCGAUCGACUCGGCCAACCUCUUUGUCGUCCCGGUCAGCACUCUCCCGCCCCUGCCGCGGCACGUCAUAGCCCGGGUACUGGACGAGUAUUAUCACAUCGAUGACAUCCUCGCUCGCCAGGUGAUCUCCCACGCCAAGCUGGGGAACUCCACACGCAAGCUCUUGGAGGAGGAGCUCAUGCGCUACGUCCGCCGGGCCACCUUGAUGCACGACAUGGCCAGCCUCCAUGCGCCCGAUGACACCGCCACCACGGGCAUCUCCCGAGGCUCGGGGCUUUCCUCGGCCGAUCUGGCCCCCCUCGGGCGGCCGGUUGCCGGGACCACUCGCGAUGGCGCCCUCGGCAGUGGCGGCGGAGGCGGGAGCUUCGCCAGUGGGCUGCUUUUCCAGCUGUCCUUCGGUCUGCUUGGCGCCGCCGGCGCGCGCACGUCCGCCAUUGACAUCAAGACACACUCGGACCAGAUCCUGGCCGUUGCACAGACCGUGCUUCGUCGGCAGCUGGAAAACUUCAAACGCGUGACCAAGGCCAUCGACACGACCGGGCCUUUCCCUGAGAAGAUCAAGUCCUCCUAUUGCCUGGGAGAUGCGCUGGUCAACCGCUACGCGUGCAUCAUCUUCGCGCGCUAUCACCGCAUUGAUGUCGGCGCACCACCGGUCGGCCAGAUGUUCCAAUUUGCCGAUUCGCUGUCCCACCAAUUUGCCAUCACCAGUGUCGAAGCUCCGGCGCCACGGCCCCCGGCGCCGCAAAGCUUUGAGGAGAUGCGUGCGCAGGAGCGCGCUGCCAUGGCCGCCGCGGCCCCGGCCGACCUGGGCUCCAUGUCGGCGGCGCCUCUGCUGGGCGUCACCUCGGCCAGUGUUGGAAUGGCCUUUCACUCGACCGAGCGCAUGAGCAGCCUCACCCAUGGCGGCAUGUCCUCGGAAUCCUCCCUGUCAACGUUGCAAGCCUACUCCAGCACCGGGGCCGAUGGGCACUCCUCGCCCGUGGCGGCCAGUCGAUCGGGCUCUGCCUUCAGGUCCCCGGUGACGGUGGCGGCCUCCACCAACAGCAACAUCUCGUCAGUGGUCACUACGCGCUCGCGGCGGCUAUGGCAGGUUCCCUUCACGGACAUUGAGCAUUGUCUGGUGGCCGUGAUGGCUGGCUGGACGGAUGGCACGCACGCGCACUUCCGCCGGGAUCCGGCAUUCAGCCCGGAACUGCCCCUGGUCACGGCAUGCGUGUCGGUCAAGAUUGACCCGCUUUUCGUCGAGGCGGCGGCCUCCCUCCGGGGCGCGGCGUACACGGUGGAAUUUGAUCGCCUGCGUGACGCCUUGCAAAUGGCCCUGGAGCAGGAGCUCGGCCGGCCCUCCGGCUCGCUCAGGGCCUUCCUGCGACGCUUCUUGCCGAAUCUCCUGUCGCUGGCCAGCCAUCUGCUGGCCGAGCGGACUUUCCGCCAGGUGCUUUUGGACAUCCUGGAGCGUGUGGUGGAUCCGCUGCGGCGCGGGUGCGCGCCCACUGGAAGGCGAGGCCUCGCGUCGCCGGCGGCCGGCGGAACGGGCGGAACAUUCGCCGGCAACUCGCCGUCCAUGCAGCAGCUCCACCAGCAGUCCCAGCAUGGGACCGCCUCUACGAUGUCUGUUGCCACCGGGGGCAAUGGGGCCGGGCCGCCCGGAGGGGGGGGCGUCACCCCUUCGCCAAGCCUUCGGCAAAUGAGCCACCUGUCCGCCGGAUCCGAGGGGCAGCAUUCGGCCACGGGGACGAUCUCCCCAUCGCCAUCGCCGAAUCGCAAUGCAUCAAGACCACCGAGCGCCAUUCUCUCCGCCCGACCGCCGGGGGCGAGCCAGCCUUCGGCCUCGGGGGGGGAAGCCGCGGACUUCGCUGCCGGCGCGGCGGUCGCUGCUUCUGCUCCUGCCACUCCUGCUGUCGCCAUUGGGACCGCCCCCCUGGCGAUGGAUGCGUCGCCGAUGGGCGAGGCCCAGGCGCUCCCCCUCCCUUCGGACGCCGGGUCCACUGCUGCCACUACCGCUGCCGCCGCUGCCGCUGGGUCCUCCUCCUCCUCCUCCGGUGGUUCGCAAACCGCCGCGCUGAACCAGCUUCCGGCCCUGACCCGCGAUGAUGCGCGGGUCUUCUUCAGACUUCUACGCCAGCACCUAUUGGACUGGCAACAAGCACAGGCCGAGUCCUUGACAGGGGGCAAUCGUGGCGGGGCUGGCAUGUCCGAGGGCCACCUCCCCUCGGCGGCCGCCCGGCAGGCGUCCUCUUCGCAGCCAGCACCGCCGCAGCAGCAGCAACAACAGCAGCAUCCUGGCCAGGGCCAGCCAAGCACUUUCGCCGCGAUGCACCAGUUCCUGGAUGUGGUGGCACGUGUGGCGGACCGCCUGUAUCACGUACCAUAAGUCAAGCACGUGCUCUCUCGGAAUGUAUCUGUCAUAUUUUCUGCCCU